GUUUAGGGUUUCGAUCUCCGAAAUCCUUUCGCUUCUUCCAUAUAUUCAUUGAGAUACCUCCAAGCCCAGGGUUCAUAAUUUCUGCUUUUUCCCUUUUGUAUAAAAUUUUCACCAUUUUUCUGUAGGACUUAUUUUUAUUUUUCUUUCCUGCUACAACUCGCGGGUCAAGAGAUGUACAUCAAGGAAAUUUGCUUGGAAGGCUUCAAAUCGUAUGCUACCAGAACUGUUGUUCCAGGUUUCGAUCCCUACUUCAAUGCCAUCACGGGGUUGAACGGUUCCGGCAAGUCGAACAUACUUGAUUCGAUUUGCUUUGUACUUGGGAUCACGAAUUUGCAGCAGGUGCGGGCUUCUAACCUUCAGGAGCUCGUGUAUAAGCAAGGACAGGCAGGAAUUACAAAAGCUACAGUGUCGAUUGUGUUUGAUAAUGCGGACAGGAGUCGGAGCCCUCUUGGGUAUGAAGACCAUCCAGAGAUUACAGUGACAAGACAGAUUGUGGUUGGAGGAAGGAACAAAUAUCUGAUCAAUGGGAAGCUUGCCCAGCCUAGUCAAGUUCAAAACCUUUUUCAUUCAGUGCAGCUGAAUGUUAAUAAUCCACAUUUUCUCAUAAUGCAAGGGCGCAUCACCAAGGUUUUAAAUAUGAAACCACCAGAGAUAUUGUCGAUGCUUGAGGAGGCCGCAGGGACAAGAAUGUAUGAGACGAAGAAAGAGGCUGCACUUAAAACACUUGAGAAAAAGCAGAGUAAGGUUGAUGAGAUUAAUAAGCUUCUUGACCAGGAGAUACUACCUGCCUUAGAGAAGUUAAGGAAAGAAAGGACACAGUACAUGCAAUGGGCUAAUGGCACUGCCGAGUUAGAUAAGCUGAGAAGGUUUUGUGUUGCUUACGAAUAUGUUCAAGCAGAGAGGAUCAGAGACACUGCAGUGUUUGAGGUGGAACAAGUGAAGGCCAAGAUAGCUGAGAUUGAUGACUCUACUAAGACCACAAAAGUGGAAGUACAGGCAAUGGAGGCUAAAAUGGCAAGGCUGGCAGCAGAAAAGGAAGAACGCAUGGGUGGGGAAGUGAAAUCUUUGUCAGACAAAGUAGAUGCACUUUCACAGAAUCUCGUGAGGGAGACAUCUAUACUAAAUAAUAAAGAGGACACUCUGAGAAGUGAAAAAUCCAAUGAAGAAAAUAUUGUUAAUAAUAUUGAAGACUUGAGGCAAUCUGUUGAAGAGAAGGCCUUAGCUGUCAAAAAGGCUGAAGAGGGGGCUGCUGAUCUGAAGAGGAGAGUUGACGAACUUUCUAAGAGUUUGGAGGACCAUGAAAAGGAAUACCAGGGUGUAUUAGCUGGGAAGAGCAGCGGAAAUGAGGAGAAAUGCUUAGAGGAUCAGCUAGCUGAUGCAAAGAUAGCAGUUGGGAAUGCUGAAACAGAAGUGAAACAAGUAAAAACUAAAAUUAGUCACUGUGAAACAGAACUGAAAGAGAAAACACAUCAAUUAAGGUCAAAACAGGAAGAAGCUACUGCUGUAGAAAAUGAGCUAAGUGCUAGAAAGAAAGAUGUGGAGACUGUGAAGAUGCAAUUGGGGUCAUUUAGUUAUAAAGAUGGCGAGAUGGAAUCUUUGCAGAAGGAGCGCGCAUCUGAGAUGGAGUCAGUGCAAAAGUGGAAGGAUGAAAUACGCAAGCUUUCAGCACAAUUAGCAAAUGUUGAGUUUACAUACCGUGACCCAGUCAAAAACUUUGAUAGGUCAAAGGUCAAAGGUGUGGUUGCGAGACUCAUCAAAGUAAAGGACAGGGCUGCAAUGACCGCCUUGGAGGUGACUGCUGGUGGAAAGUUGUUCAAUGUUGUGGUUGACACAGAAAAUACUGGAAAACAGCUACUGCAGAAUGGUGAUUUAAGAAGAAGAGUGACAAUUAUACCUUUAAACAAAAUUCAAUCUCAUACUGUUCACUCUAGAAUCCAACAAGCUGCUUCUAGAUUGGUUGGUGAGGACAAUGCCGAGUUGGCACUUUCUUUGGUUGGUUAUGAAGAAGAAUUGAAGAAUGCGAUGGAAUAUGUAUUUGGUUCUACCUUCGUUUGCAAAAAUACUGAUGCUGCUAAGGAGGUGGCAUUUAAUCGGGAGAUUCGAACCCCCAGUGUCACUCUUGAAGGAGACAUAUUUCAGCCAAGUGGUCUUUUGACCGGUGGAAGCCGAAAGGGUGGCGGCCAACUUUUAAGGCAACUUCAUGAUUUAGCAGAGGCUGAAUCAAAACUUGCAAUACAUCAAAGAAGGCUAUCUGACGUUGAGGCAAAGAUUACAAAGCUUCUUCCUCUUGAGAAGAAAUGGAAAGACCUCAAAACACAGUUGGAACUUAAGUCAUAUGAUCUUUCAUUGUUUCAAAGCAGAGCUGAGCAAAAUGAGCAUCAUAAGCUUGGGGAACUAGUGAAGAAGCUUGAGCAAGAACUUGCAGAAGCAAAAUCUGCAGUCAAGGAAAAGCAAAUUAUUUAUGAAAACUGUGUCAAGACUGUUUCAUCGCUUGAGAAAUCAAUUAAAGAACAUGAUAAUAAUCGUGAAAGUAGGCUAAAAGACCUGGAGAAGAAGAUAAAGUCAUUCAGAUCCCAGAUGCAGUCAUCUUUAAAAGAUCUUAAGGGACAUGAUAAUGACAAGGAGAGACUUGUAAUGGAAAUGGAAGCUGUUAUUCAGGAGCGUGUGUCCUUGGAAAAUCAAUUAACUUCAUUAAGGACACAAGUUCAUAAUCUUGAAUCAGAAGUAGAAGAACAAAAAAUAAAGGUUGCUGCUGCAAGGACCGAUCAUGAUCGGGUUCAUUCAGAGCUAAAUUCAGUUCGCCUAAAAAUGAAGGAAUGUGACAUGGAAAUAAGUGUUAUCAUGAAGGAGCAUAAAGUACUUGAACAAAAACUCAGUGAAAAUAAUCUUGAAAGGAAGAGAAUGGAGAAUGAGGUAAAACGGAUGGAGAUGGAACAAAAGGACUGUUCGGUCAGGGUAGAGAAACUGAUAGAGAAGCAUGCAUGGAUUGCUUCUGAAAAACAGCUGUUUGGCAAAAGUGGGACUGAUUAUGAUUUUUCUUCUCGUGAUCCCAGUAAAGCAAGGGAAGAACUUGAGAAGCUACAAGCUGAGCAGUCUGGGCUUGAGAAAAGGGUGAACAAGAAAGUCAUGGCGAUGUUUGAGAAGGCAGAGGAUGAGUAUAAUGAUUUGAUGUCCAAGAAAAACAUAAUUGAGAAUGACAAGUCUAAAAUCAAGAAGGUGAUUGAAGAGCUAGAUGAGAAGAAAAAGGAAACACUAAAUGUUACCUGGGUUAAAGUCAACAAGGACUUUGGAUCCAUCUUUUCUACUUUGCUUCCGGGGACAAUGGCGAAGUUAGAACCUCCGGAAGGUUGCAGUUUUCUUGAUGGUCUUGAAGUUCGCGUUGCAUUUGGGAGCGUGUGGAAACAGUCCCUCUCAGAACUAAGUGGUGGUCAACGAUCACUCCUCGCACUUUCUCUGAUUCUCGCACUGCUUCUUUUCAAGCCUGCUCCAAUUUACAUCCUUGACGAGGUUGAUGCGGCACUUGAUUUAAGCCACACACAAAACAUAGGGAGAAUGAUAAAGACCCACUUUCCUCACUCCCAGUUUAUUGUGGUUUCACUGAAGGAAGGGAUGUUCAAUAAUGCAAAUGUUCUCUUCCGGACAAAAUUUGUGGAUGGUGUCUCAACGGUUCAGCGAACUGCAACAGCUAAGCAGAGCAAGUGAUAUAUUGAGAUGGACACCUGUAGCAAUUGAAGCCCUGUGAUGUGAAGCUGUGUAUAGAAGCUAGAAAGGACAAAACAUGUUUGAACCAGUGUAUGUAAUGUUAUUAUACAUUUGAAUGCUCAGUUAAUCUGUAUAAAAUUUGUAUGACCCAGGACAUAAAGCCUCCUUAUGAGAGAGUUUAUUUAUGUUGCCUAAUUUAGUUCUGGGUCCUCCUGUUUCUCAAUGUUACUCUAGAAUCU